UGCCCGCGCGGACUCUGCUGCGCGUGCUGCAAGUCCGCACUAGGGCGCCCUGCCGCGGGCUGCGCGCCGCGCCUGUUGCAGGGGGGUUGUGCCCGCGCGGGGCGGCGGGCAGAGCGGGCUGAAACGUGCUACGGUGCCAGCCCCUUAGUUAAAUCGGUUCCGCCCCUCCCCCGUGCGUACCCGCUGAGACCGGUGGGAAGCUGUUUGGAUUGCACAGGUGAGACCAGGCAGCAGCAGCAGCAGCUCCCCACGGGACAUACAUAUGCAAUAGAUCAUGCAGACACCUGUCUCUAGUGCUGUACACCUGAAUGAAUGGCAGAAGAAUUACUUUGCGAUUACCUCUGACACCUGUACACCAGGACAGAAGGCAGAUGGAUACCGUGCACAGAUUCUGCACAUUCAGUAUGCAUGGGCAAACUCUGAGAUCUCCCAGGUCUGUGCUACCAACCUGUUCAAAAAAUAUGCAGAGAAAUACUCUGCCAUUAUUGACUCUGACAACGCAGAGACUGGCUUGAAUAACUACGCUGAAAACAUUUUGACUUUGGCAAGAUGUCAGCAAAAUGACAGUGACAAGUGGCAGUCCUCCUUGACAACAAGUAAUGUGUUUGAAUUAAAGAGUGUUCAGGAGUUGAUGCAUGCUGGCAAAAAGUUCCAAAGCUCUCUGAUGGCACCAGCAGAUGCCUUUGUGGUAGUUGAUAAGGAGGUCAGUGCCUCUGUUACUCCAGGUCUGCCUAAACUCAAUGUGUGCAGCAGUGCUGUAGAUACUGACCUCUGGGCUAACUCAUCAAAAUGUAUAAGUCAGGGACCAGAUAUUCUUGAGAGUCUCUCAUCUUUGAAAUGUUUUCAAAGUAGUGUGCCUUCUGUGACCAAAACUACAGAUAUACUUCCUGCCUCCUCUGCCUCUUUAAAUGAACUGCCUAAUACAGGUUUCUAUGCAAGUCCAUUAUUUGGAAACAACAAAGCAGCAAGUAGCAGUUCUGUGAAACCCGCAAGUCAUUUUGAGAUUGGACAGAAUUUGUCUUUUUCUAAUCACUCCUCUCUUCUGGCAGGGUCGGGAAAUCCAGGAAAAAGGAAAACAUUUUAUAGCUCCAGUGAUGAAAGCAACAGUACAACUUCCAGCCUUGCUUCUUCCAAGCCCUCCAUUAGUACAGAAGCCAAGAACUUUGUAGGGAGUGGAAAUGGGAGUGAAGAGAGCAAUGAUUUUAAAACGGCAAAAGAACAGCUCUGGGUAGACCAGCAAAAGAAAUAUCACAAUCAGCCUCAACGCACACCAGUCUCAUCCUAUGGUGGUAUUAAAAAAUCUUUGGGAGCUGGAAGGUCUCGGGGUCCAUUUGGAAAAUUUGUCCCUCCGGUGCCAAGACAAGAUGGGAAUGAAAAUGGAGGGCCGCAGUAUAAACCUUAUGGCGCUGGACCAACAGAGUCUUCAUUUCCAGUGGAUGAACGUUUGAAGAACAUAGAACCAAAAAUGAUUGAACUUAUUAUGCACGAGAUCAUGGACCAUGGACCUCCAGUGAACUGGGAUGACAUUGCUGGAGUAGACUUUGCUAAAGCAACUAUAAAGGAGAUAGUAGUCUGGCCUAUGCUGAGACCAGACAUCUUUACAGGGUUACGUGGUCCUCCCAAAGGAAUUCUUCUCUUUGGCCCUCCUGGGACAGGUAAGACUCUUAUAGGCAAGUGCAUUGCGUGUCAAUCAGGAGCUACUUUUUUUAGCAUCAGUGCCUCUUCGCUGACCUCCAAGUGGGUAGGUGAGGGGGAAAAGAUGGUUCGUGCACUGUUCACUGUGGCACGAUGUCAGCAGCCAGCUGUGAUUUUCAUUGAUGAAAUCGAUUCUCUCUUGUCUCAGCGUGGAGAUGGGGAACAUGAAUCUUCUAGAAGAAUAAAAACUGAAUUUUUAGUCCAGUUGGAUGGAGCAACAACCUCGUCUGAAGACCGUAUUCUAGUGGUGGGAGCAACAAAUCGGCCACAAGAAAUUGAUGAGGCUGCCCGAAGAAGACUGGUAAAAAGGCUGUACAUCCCUCUUCCUGAAGCUUCAGCUAGGAAGCAGAUUGUAACUCGUCUGAUGUCAAAGGAGCACUGCUGUCUAAGAGAAGAGGAAGUUGAGCUCAUAGUUAAAAAAUCUGAUGGAUUUUCUGGGGCAGACAUGACACAGCUGUGUCGAGAAGCUUCUUUAGGUCCUAUCCGUAGCCUUCAGUCCAUGGACAUUGCAACCAUCACACCCGAACAAGUUCGGCCUAUUUCUUUUCUUGACUUUGACAGUGCUUUCAAAACUGUGCGACCCAGUGUGUCUUCAAAGGAUCUGGAACUAUAUGAAAACUGGAACCAAACAUUUGGCUGUGGAAGAUAACUGCAUCUGAAUUGUUGUGCAGAAGUUUUUCUUUCUCUCUCUGUCUCACACAUACCCACACUAAGAUCAACAGUCAUUUACAAUGUUCAAGUUUUUUUUGUUAUAACAAUUCUUUGUAAUAAAGCUAUUUUAAUAAAUGUGAUUAAAUUCAUUAUUGGAUUUUAUGUUGCUUCCUUGCCCUGAGUUCUGAGAAUGAAAUGCACUUCAAUGCAGAGAGUUUGCAGUAGGCUCUCAACCAGAGGAUGUUGAAAAGGCCAAGACAAUAACAGGGUUCAAAAAAGAACUAGAUAAAUUCAUGGAGGAUAGGUCCAUCAGUGGCUAUUAGCCGGGAUGGUGUCCUUAGCCUCUGUUUGCCAGAAGCUGGGAAUAGAUCACUUGAUGAUUACCUGUUCUGUUCAUUCCCUCUGGGACACCUGGCAUUGGCCACUGUCGGAAGAUGGACCUUUCGUCUGAUCCAUUCUUAUUGCAUUUAACCUCCACAAUAGCUGGGAAGAGCAACCCACCCACAUCAACCAAUGGAGAGCAUCCACAAAACAAAAAAACCCCAAUAUUAUUUCUGUACAAUGUUAAUGAUUGUUCUCGUUAAUAAUCUUAUGCAGUACAGUAUGCAAAUCUGAGAUACUGGACAUACAUGCUUUAACCGUACGAAUGGUAAUUUAUGAUGUUCAUAAAGUAUUUUGUUCUGUAACUAUUCAAAUACAUUACAAAACAGUUUUCUCUGGUUCUGAGCCCGUGAACAGUUGCAGUAGUUCGGAUCGUGCACCCAUGCAGAAUAACUUUGAAGUGAGGACUUGUGGAAGUAUGGAGUCCGUAUUAGCACAUCAUUGUAGGAUUUCAUCAUAGUAACCAGAAGAAUUCUGAUUAUAAUAUACUUUGUGGUGAUUGAACAGAAAGGGGAUGGUAUUCUCAUGUUUUGGUAUGCUUUAUUACACACUUGCUGUCUCCUAGUAAAAGGUAUCAAUUGGAAUUUUUUUUUAAAAGGAGCAUUUCUCUUG